AACGACCCGACUCGACGGACGUGUGAAUAUUUUAAACAUGGGGAAAGAAGAGCUGAUUAAGGGAGUGUUGUAUGUUGUGAAUGUGCUAUACGCUGUGUUUGGAUUAGUGACUGCAGCGACAGGGAUAUGGUUCUUCGUGCAAUUAUCUGAGUUCGUAAGUCUGAGAAACAGCAACCAUUAUCUCUUAGACUAUAGGGUCUACUGGCCUCAAGUCGCGCCAUGGCUCUUCAUUCUUCUUGGCCUUUUUGUAAUGAUGGUAGCUUUCUGCGGCUGGUGUGGAGCAAAUAAAGAAAGCAGAGGCCUUCUAGGAAUGUAUGGAUUAUUCUUAAUUCUCAUCAUCAUUGGUCAGGCUAUUGCUGCUACUCUUAUCUUCGUCUACGUUGAUGGAGAGCAUACGGACAGAUUCAUUAAGGAUACAGUGUACGAUGGCUACUACAACUCUCAAUCUAACCCUGAUGUGUUCAAAGCUUUCGGGAGAAUCGAGAGGAAGUUGAGAUGCUGCGGAGCUAAUGAUGCUCGUGAUUAUAGAAGCUGGAGGAAUGACUUACCUUUGACCUGCUGCUUGGACAGCUAUUACAGAGCUUCAUGUGAGUUUACUGAUAAAGAGGCUAAUGAAAGAUUAGGUUGUGCGAAAGUUGCUGCAGUUUACACCAAGAUUAUUAGCUCCUCUGUCGCUGGCGCGUCCUUACUGAUCUCGUUAGUGGAAAUUGCUGGAGUAAUGCUUGCCUGGAAGCUAUUCCAUUCGCUGAGAGAAGUUGAACACUACUUGCCGGAAAGAAAAGAGGGGGAAACUGAAUGUUAAUUGCCAUUUCCAAGCCUAAUAAGGGUCCGAAUUGAUUGAUCCACCGAUUCUAAUGACGAUCGUAGUCUAGAAGCAUUUCAUCUUGAAAUCGACUCUUAAGGCUGAUUUUUAAGGGUUAAAGUUCGUUUCCUUGUUGAAGGAAUUAUUGAAAUCUUUAUCCCUAUUGGUUUUGUGGGCACUUGGCGUUUUAUUAAGUUUAUAGUUUCAAUAGGUCAGGGAUAACACGUGAGCGCAAUUCUAGUAAGUGGCAGCCCUAUAAUCCUAGGGGUAUUUAUACAGGUUGUUUCAUAUUUAAUCAUAUUGUAUAAAUACAAGUACCCUACUUUUAGAACGUCACAAGUGCCAUCUAUAUUAAACCUUGCGUAAUUUUAUAUUGCAUUCCAAUUAGGUUACCAUUUUAAAGUAUUAUUUAAGGAAUGAAUGUUUUUAAAAUUAUUUUAUCUAUUGUAGUAUUUUUAAGCGUAUAUGUCUGUGUAUAAUGUUGUUAAUUCUCAAGGACUGGCUUAUCAUUAUCAAGGCAGUAAUUAAGUUGCGGGUUUUUUAAAGUUAACACGACAAUGACACAUCUUUGCCAUUUCCUUUCCGUACAUGCGUACAUUGAAUUUAUCUUUAUACCAAUUUGCAUAAAUUUGCCAGAGAUAUUCAUUUUAUUGUAAUUGUACUUUUUAUAUUUUUAAUUUGUAUGUCGAUGAAUGUUGUCAAUAAAACUCUUGUAUUGUGAUUCAUAGAUUCACAUUUAGUACGGUACGUGGGGUCAAUUUCGUGGAGGUCACAGUUUUAUUGUGAGAAGACUUUAUGUGGGCUUAAUCAUACUUCCUUAUUAGUUGUCGCAGUUGAGUCAUACUUUAAAUUGUUACUUUGAUUAACAGGUUUCUCUUCUGAUACGUACGUACGUCUUCUAUGCAUUCGCAGAUAUUUCUUAGUCAUAGAGAUAGCCAAGCCGUAUAUAAUAUAUUCAAGUUAGCGUGAACGCAGUUUUAAUUGAUUACUUUAUCGGAAAGAAAUUAAGUUAUUGGUAUGUGGUUACUUGUUCAUUAGAAUACAAUAUAUUAUAAUGGGUUCCAUUACUUUCGGCAAUUAACGUUCAUAAAAAUAAUUAUCGUUACAUUAGUAAUCAUUUCAAUCAUCAGUUUAAUUGUUAGUUAGACUGUUUCUGUUCAAAAAAUAUAUGACUCCUUUAGUUCUCUUACUUAGAUUAUAAUAAUUUAUUAAAGUAUUUUAUAAUCAAAGCAUCUGUCAAUAUGUUUUUCUUAUACUUUGCCGACCUCAUUUAUUGAUGUAACCUUCUUAAGUAUUUGGCUAUUGACUGUGUUGCGUAAAUUAAAAUGUAGUAUCCCCACGGCCGCCAACUUAUCGAGGCCGCAUAUGAGAAAACUGUGACCUCAAAAUCGAAUACGUUCUUAACGGGCCUCUAUUGGUUAUUCAAUGAACAUCUUUGUUCCUUGCGUAAUACCAGCUUUCACAACAUCGUCUACGCCCUAGAUUACGUAAUAUACGUUACAAAUUCCGACCGGAAAAUGGCGUUUUAAAUGUGUCUUUAUUGUUACGAAAUGUACGCCCUAGAAGACACACGUUUACGACAAUAAUUGUUAUUGCGUGCUUAUUUGUACACCCUGUAUUUGAAAAGGGUUGAAUAGGGUUGAAGUAAUAGAUUAAAUGUUUUUUUUAUUUGAGGAUUUGUUAUAGCAAAAUAGUUACAGCAUGAGAAAAUAUAUCGCAUAAUUUGCUUUUAAUGUAAAACGCACAAUUAGAUUUUGUAAUAACGGCAGCUAAUUAAGAAAAAAAUUGUAUGUUUGAUUUUUAAGUUCGAUCCGUCCGCCAUAUAUAAUAUUUCACAUGCCAAAGAAAUAUUUGUACAAACCCAUAUUAUGCAUGCAAAUUAUAUAGUUUACUUAUUAAAUUUUUUAUAAUAAUUUUAGACUUUAAGUUAUUAUUGAAUGUUUUAAGUUCUUUCUAUAUUAUCAUAAUAUUAUAUUUACAAGAAUUUUAAGCUAUGAACGAAGGCUAAUUUGAACGGAUUAAAUUGAGUUUUUCAGAACUUUUGUUUAUUUUCAAGAUAUAUAUUCAGUAAGUUAGACAUAUAUAAAAUAGCAUCACAGUUUUCUCUUAAUAUAAUUAUUUUGUAGGUAAUUUUGGUAUUAUUUUAGUAGAAUUUAUAUAAAUUCUUAUUCAUAUUUCAUACAAAGUAAUAAUUACAUAUAUUAUAUAUUAUUAUUGUGUUCAUUAAACAUUAAAUAUUUAGCGAAAUCUAGUAUAAACUGAGACAACAAACACUGCAUCGCGAUUAAUUUUUUUCCCCAAUGUUUUUCAGAGAUCUUUUAUAAGGUGACUAAGUGAAACUACUCUAUAUAAUUAAAUUAAUUUUUAGAUAAUAUCUAGAUAAAAAAAAUAUCUUAGAUAAUAUACGUCUAGAUAGACAACCGAUGAUAACAGGCCAGAUUUAUUGCUUUGGUUUUUACUUUGUGUUCGAGCCUUUCUCAAUAUAAAGGUUAACUUUCAACCCAAUUUUUUUUUCCAUGUUCUUACAGUCUAUCUAGACGUAUAAAUGAUCUAAGAAACAAUUUUGUUAUUUUUAAAGUACCUCACUUCUGGGAUUAAUUAUAUAAAAUAAAUUUAAAACCUGCGAUCUCUCGGGUUCCGAUUGAGUCCCGCAUCGUUCAUAAAUUUUGGUUUUAGAUUUAAUUUACAUGAUCUAAGAUAUUACUCUUGAUAACUUAAAUAUAGGUUAUAAUACUUAUAAAAUACAACUCAGAGACCGUCCAUCUUCGAGCAUACUUCCAACUUACAGGCCCGCAACGCGUCUCUUGACACCUGGUGUUGCGGAUGUCCAAAUGAACAUCCAUUAUUUUAUCCGUUGAAAUAAGUUUAGUUAUAAUAAUAUAAUAUAUUUUGGAAUCUC